AUGGCGUCAGUGUUCAGGUGGAGAUGUGUGCUGUUACUGCUCUGCGUCUAUCUUCUUUCUGUUCUAGCUACUGACAGCAAAGCAAAGCCCAAGAAGAAGAAAGACAUCAGAGACUACAAUGACGCAGACAUGGCGCGGCUGCUGGAGCAGUGGGAGGAAGAUGAUGACAUUGAAGAAGGUGACCUUCCGGAGCACAAGAGGUCUCCUCCUCCCAUUGAUUUUGGCAAAGUGGACCCGUCCAAGCCUGAGGAGCUGCUGAAGAUGUCCAAGAAGGGCCGGACUCUGAUGGUUUUUGCUACAGUGUCUGGGGAUCCCACAGAGAAAGAAACAGAGGAGAUCACAGGUCUGUGGCAGGGAAGCCUCUUCAACGCCAACUUUGAUAUUCAGAGGUUUGUGGUGGGCUCCAAUAGAGUGAUCUUCAUGCUGCGGGAUGGCAGCAUGGCCUGGGAAGUCAAGGACUUCCUGGUGGGGCAGGAGCGCUGUGCUGAAGUCACCGUGGAGGGACAGGUGUUCCCUGGGAAGGCAGCCAAGAAAGACGACUCCAAACACAAGCAGCAGAACGAAGUGAAGAAGAAGAGCAAGAAGAAGACGGAGAAGUCAGACCUGGAGGGGAACAAGGCCAGCCAUGUCAAAGCAGAGCUGUGAUGCAGGAGCAGGGAGGGGGCACAGGUCCGUGUCUUCUGGACUCUUGACAUGUGACGGCCUCAGACUCUGUUAGACAGGAGCACAUGACCAGGCCAUGGGUUCAAAGUCUCCUGGGUUCAAUCAGUAUGAGUGCUGAGCUGUCCCUCAUCACUGCAGUGACACCUACAUCCAAAAAGCUCUUUAAUCUGUUGCCUUCUUUUUGUUCAUUUCUGUCCUUUGAUUGUCACACAUGUAUGAAAGGUACACUAUAAACAUUAUUAAAUGUCAUUCUGGAAGCCAUGAAUCAUGUGAGGUGUGGAAGUGGUUUUCCUGGUACAGACACCUUCAGGUCCUGGUCUGUGUUAGACUCUGUUCAGGUUCAGCAGCACUUCAACAUUUGAUGCAGCACCAAGUUUACUGUCUGAUUUUUCACUGAAUAUGAAAUAAAAGUUUUUAUAA